ACCGCCGUGUGCUGGAGACGGAGCAGCGUGCGCCUGGCGAGACAAAGGCGGUGGAGCGAGUGGGGUCAGGCAGCAGCAGCAGCAAGGAGCCAAGCAGUAUCCCACUUUGUUGGGAGAGUUCAUAACAGCUAACCGCCACUCUCGGAUUCGAGCCAGCCUUUCCAGGCGACACUCACCACCAAGACCCGCUCAGGAAUAUGAGACAAGACGGCGUUCUCUUUAACGUUUUUUGAAACGUUUCUCUUUUACGCCCCCCUAGUUUUAGCCUCCUAAGCGGCUAACGCUGUAGCGCUAAAAAGGCUGCUGCUCCUCCUCUUCUUCUUCUUCCCGGUUACUUCUCAUCUUUCCCGCAACAACUUGGCGACAAGCGGAGGGAGUCGACAAAGUAAGGAUAAAAAGUGUGUGAGCUCACUCAACAAGCAGGCAUCCGUGAUCUGAUGUGAGAUCCACGGAGAGACUAUGCCUAGCCCUUUAUUCCACCCCGAGAUUAUGGACCACGACGUGGUGAUCAGCAGCCAGCACAACGGGGUUGGCCUGCCCCGAGAAACAGACCAAGAAUCCCGUGAUGAGGAUCACCAGGAGGUGCUCCGCUUUGCCCUGGACCAACUGUCACUCAUGGCCCUGGAGAAGGUGGACUGCGGGGGCGGAGGAGGCGGCGGACUGGUGGACACCAUGGACGGGACCCAGGCUCCCAGCUCCGAGGGUUGCAACGGCGGCGGUGGUGGUUAUGUGGAUCUACAGAUGCUCGACCACCCCAGCGGGUCUCGGGACUCGCCGACGUCUUGCUCCCCAUCCCCGGAGUACUACGGCUCGGGCGGCUACCACAUGUCCGGCUCCCACUCCAUGCUCCACGGAGAGCAAAGCUCCGUCCUCUGCAGCAGGAAGAGAAGCGUCAACAUGACCGAGUGUGUGCCUGUGCCGAGCUCCGAACAUGUGGCUGAGAUCGUGGGGAGACAAGGUUGUAAGAUCAAGGCGUUGCGUGCCAAGACAAACACCUACAUCAAGACCCCGGUCAGAGGUGAAGAUCCAGUGUUCAUUGUGACAGGGCGCAGGGAGGAUGUGGAGAUGGCCAAGCGUGAGAUCGUUUCUGCGGCCGAGCAUUUCUCCAUGAUCCGAGCGUCCCGAUGCAAAGCUGGGGGACCCGGAGGGGGAGGUGGUUCACUCCCCGGACCGCCACACCUCCCAGGACAAACAACCAUUCAGGUGAGGGUGCCGUACAGAGUGGUGGGCUUAGUUGUGGGACCAAAAGGAGCCACCAUCAAGCGCAUACAGCAGCAGACGCACACUUACAUCGUGACGCCAAGUCGAGAGAAGGACCCCGUGUUUGAGGUGACCGGCAUGCCCGAGAAUGUGGACCGUGCCCGGGAGGAGAUUGAGACCCACAUCACGCUGCGAACAGGAACCUUUGUGGACCUCCAGGGGGACAACGACUUCCACACCAACGGCACAGACGUCAGCCUCGAGGGCCUGGGCUCGCUCAGCGCCGGUCUGGGGGCGUCCCUGUGGUCCCGGGCCUCCAACCACCAUUCUGCGCCGCCACCCCCUCCGCCCUCUUCACCGCCCACCCUCCCCAUGUCCAUGAACCACUCCUCCGGCCGCAAGAUGUCCUCCUCUGUGGCCUAUCACACACACAAUGGCGGGAUUAGCUCAGACAACUUCAGUGGUGGACGCAAAGCCAAUGAGGGCGGAAGCCCCACCAGUCCUUUCAGCACAGGCUCCAGCAGUGCCGGAGGCGGCUUCACCUUUGGGGGAGACUCCACCCCAGGGCUCCCCACUUCCGAAGAACUUGGCUUUGAAUUCAGUGCUUCCAACAUCUGGGCACCUUUCGUCAAUGGUGGCGGCGGGGGUGGCAACAAGUCGGGCGGAUCAUCGCAGCAGCAACAGCCUCUACGUCGUAACAGCAGCGGCCUUAGUGGCGGUGCCAUGACUCCACGAUUGUCCCCAACGCUGCCUCAGGACACGGGCCCCCUGGACCACCCAUUAGCACGCCGUGCCCAAAGCGACCCCUUGAGCACGCUCUCCUGGCUCCAGUCCGGCAGCACCGCGGGUGGCUCCUUCUCUGGGGGCUCAAGCUCCAGCUCCGGCGGGUCCUCCACCGGCUACUCCUCCUGCUCGGCGUCCUCACUGCCUGGCGGCUCGCCCACUGACUCCGAGGGUGGCGGCAGCGGCGUAGGCCUCAGCUCCGGGAUGCUGAGUCGGCUGAAAGGCGGCUCUGGCCCUGGGGUGGCGGGGCUAGUCGGUGUCAACAGGGACUGUUUUGUGUGCUUUGAGAGCGAGGUGACCGCCGCCUUAGUGCCCUGCGGCCAUAACCUCUUCUGCAUGGAGUGUGCCGGCCAGAUCUGCCAGUCUGCUGAGCCUGAGUGCCCCGUGUGCCACACCCCCACCACACAGUGCAUCCGCAUCUUCUCUUAAUGGCGGCAAGAGUGUUGGGAGGGUGAAGCGUUGCUGAUGAAGAUUGGUCACACUAAUAACCUUGAAACACCCAAUGGACCAUAAUAAUAAUAAUAAUAAUGCAUUACUAAAGACAAUGAUGCCGAUGAAUAAUAAUAAUGAUGCUAAGGAUUUCUUUAGAGAGUGGUCUUCAAACUUGUGUCUUAUCUCUCUUCAGGCCUUCAUUUUGGACCCUCUCAUGUCUUCAUUCAGGCUUCUUCUCUCUCAGCCUUUUUUUGGGACACUUUUUGUACUUAGCAGAUAUUUUUCGACAAAGCUGUCAAACGAGGCCUGCACUUUUCUACUUGUCUCUUCAUGUGCUGUGCAAACUCCCAAUAACCCCCCCCCCCAAACCCCCACCCAUGGCGCUGUUCUUUACGACACAAAUCUGAUUGUUUUGGUUGCGACCACUCUGACUGAUGUGACCACGCCCUUUUUAGACGUUCACAGUGAGCACAUUGUCUGCUGCAUGGAAGCCCGGCUUGCGUUCAUUCAUCUUCAUUCACUGAGGAGAAACACCUCUGAGGUGCGGACACUCGGGCUGAUGACAAUCCCUUCACAUCCCUGUGUGUGUGUGUGUGUGUGCGUGCGUGCAUGUGUGUGCGCGCUUGCCGUGCUCUUGCGCACACCAUUGUGUGUUCUUACUGCCUGCUCUCCUUCACCUCCCCCACGGCGCUCUUAAAGGAAGGCGGCGGCCUAUCCACACGCCCCUCCCUCCUUCCCCAGUGCGCCCACAUCCUGUCUGUUACACUCCCAUGGGCUCCUUCAGUAUUUUCUGACUGCGGCGGCAUGUGGCCCCCGGUCGCAAGGUUCAAACACGCUAAUGUUUGCUCCAACAAGGUGAUCUUGUUCUAAGAACUUCCAUACAAUAAUUGGGGGCAGGGUCAAUUGAACUGUUUUUCAUACACUGUAGCCCCCAUCCCCCCGCCCCCGACCCCCGCCGCCUACCUGAACAUGACAAAAAGCAACAACUCUUGUUUUUAUUUUGGUCUUCCACCCUGUCACAGCAAAGCUGUGCGGCGUGCCGUGCAUCCAUGAAGCGCCGCGCCCCCUCGCCAUAUGUAGUGCACUAAUACGGACGCUUGUUUCGUCCUCUUGUUUUCCCUUUGAAACCCAGCGUGAGUUUGCAGUAACUGCCUCCUUUUUUAUAGUGUUAAUGUCUUUGUAUGUGGGUGACGUGGGGCCGCGGGAGCGUGCUGGGAAUGUUGCUCAUAGAAUGAGACAAGCCAUGACAAACUCAAUUAGAAUGACAUCCGAUUCUUUAAGGGCUUUCUCUCAGUGCACAGAUGUUUUUUUUUUUAAAUGUCCAAGCUCACACCGUAGGAAGAAUUCUCCUUUAUGGCAGCUAGUGGCGAGGUCAUCCAGGGCUUCCACACACAAACACACACACUUUGUGUUCCAAUCCCAGCAAGCUUUGGAAUGUUUUGCCUGUUGUUCGUCUUGGAAUGAGUUGUCACCUGAUGUUGCUCAGGGUGUCACCCGCGACUCACGAAGGCAGAAACCAUAGCAAAGCCACACUGAUGAAGGCGCCGUCUAGCUGGCGGCGGCUCGCCGUGUGUGUGGAGGAAGUGGACGUCUGUGUGCUUAGGCCACCUUAAAGCCCCUCUUAAAUGGAAGUUUGGAACAGUUGUUGUUGUUGUCCAGAUGGUCCCGCGUGGACUCUGGCGUGAUUUGUGGCCAAUGAGAAUGUCGGGCUUCAUGUACAGUGGUUUCAUUCAACAAAAAGGUACAGGCUUUUUUCAGAUUGACUGCUGAUUUUUAUUUUUUUAGCCAAAUGUAUCCCCAUCCCCCAUUUCCUUCCUAAAGGUUUGAAAACAGGGUUUCCUGAGGCAUGCUAGCCAGUGACCUCUGACCUUUUUCUUUUUUUGUGAUUUAGAGGGGGGGUGCAAAGAACCUCGCCAAUGAUGGGGGGGGAGAGGCAGACUCCACUCAAGCCUCUGCUCCCCCGUUUUUGUUUUUGCUUUAAUUCUCUUUGUACGCUGAACCAAAAUGUAAACGUCAGCAAAGCAGGUGUGAGGCCUGAGCGCGUGUAAAUAUCCUCAACAAACAAUCAUUGGCAUCUUGUUUUCACAAGCAAAAGGACUUCAUUGAAAAUAAGUGUAGUUUGUCAUUAUUUGUAAGUUAACCAUCUGCAUGUCUUCAAGCCGCCUGGCGUUAGCUAAUUUUUAAGAUUUAAAGAGGAGAAAAGAAAAAAAAAACAAAAAACUUUUUACACAUUUUUAUUUUUUACAAUUUAUUUGCUUACCUAAAUAUCCCAGACAAUAAUGUGACCCUUUUUAUUACUUCAAAUUUAUUUUUUAUUUUCCAUUUUUUAAUUUUCAUUAUUUCCUGUGUACUACAUAUAGGCAAUUUAUAACAAAAUGAGAAAAUUAUUGAAGAAAAUUUUAAAAUUGAAAUAUAUUUUAUUUGAAAGUUUUAUGGACCUUUUAACCGGACACCGGGAAAAAUUGUAUUAUAUAAUUUGAACUGGUUUGACGGUUAUGAGAAAUGUAUCAAGAGUUUUAUUUUUUAUGCUUUUUUAAUAAAGUCUUUGGUUUGGUUUCAUUUUUUACUGUAAAAUGAUAAACAUGUUUCUUGUCUUUAUUUCUUGACGGCGCAGGUUGUGUAUUUGCCUGUUGGUCACGUGGUGGCAGAAUUGAUAAAGCCUUCAUUCAGCAGGGAUACAAAGCAAUCGAUGUACGUGCGAUUUCUCUGACUCGGUACCAUCGAAACAUUUGUAAAAUGUUAUAUAUUGAA